UCGGGGGAAGGCCGCGUGGGGAAGGCGGCGCUUGUCCAGGGGGGUUCACGGCGGGAUAUUCCGGGGCGGCGAGAGCGUAGGACUUGCCAUCUGGGACCCCAUGGCCGUCUUUUCUGGGCCCUUGGGCCUCUUUGUCCCCACAGGCCGAGCACUCAGCCAACGCUACUUCAGCACCACUGGGAGCCUCAGUGCGAUUCAGAAGAUGACACGGGUGCGUGUGGUGGACAACAGUGCCCUGGGAAACACCCCCUACCAUCGCCCUCCUCGGUGCAUCCACGUCUACAACAAGAGUGGGGUGGGCAAGGUGGGCGACCGCAUACUGCUGGCCAUCAAGGGACAGAAGAAGAAAGCACUCAUCGUAGGACAUCGCAUGCCCGGCCCCCGAAUGACCCCCAGGUUUGACUCCAACAAUGUGGUCCUCAUUGAGGACAAUGGGAACCCCGUGGGCACCCGAAUUAAGAUCCCUAUCCCCACCAGCCUGCGCCAGAAGGAGGGCGAGUACUCCAAGGUGCUGGCCAUCGCCCAGAACUUCGUGUGAGCAGCACGCAGGCCUCCAGCUGCAGGACUCAGGCCUGGACAUGUGCAUGCUGGCAGGGUUCCGGGGACUGCAUGGCUGCUCCCUCCCACAGUGACAGUGUCCCACGACAGAAUAAACGUUUUCUUCCUUUGCU